CCUCAGACCCGGAGCGCCGCUGCAGGAUGGAUGCGACUUCUCUCUGCAGUGUCUCUGGCGGCACAGAGGGCGGAGCUUCCAAGCAUCCUAACCAAUCAGAAUCCGUCUCAGAGCAGCCAGUGGCCAAUGGGAAGCUUCCGCAUCACUGCACAGGUGAGGCUCCGCCCCCCGCCUCUGAUAGGCUGCAGGAAGCCGACAGCAGCGAUGAAUCUUUGACCGACAGCUUCUCCACCAAGGACGUCUCUCGCCUUCUCCCUGCCUCCCACAGACAGAGAGGUGUGGUCAGCUCAUCAGAGGCUCCCAUUGGCUGCCCUCCGCCCCCCACCUGCAGCCCAGCCACCAGUGGGAGGCGCCUGCCGUCGACCAAGAGCCACGCCUCCUUGAAGACGGACGCCGCCCACAUCAAGGAAGUGGCUGGAAACGACUGCUGCGUCCACUGCCUGCUGGCCUGCCUGUUCUGUGAGCUGCUGUCCAUGUGCUCGGCGCUGGGGGAGUGUCUGACCUGCGGCGUGGGCGGAGCCAGUUGCUGCGACGGCGCGGCGUGCUGCUGCUGCGUGGAGGCGGCCGGGGAGGCGGCGUGCCAGGCGGUGUUGGACUGCGGGAUGCUGGAAAACUGCUGCGCGUCGUCUGACUGCCUGGAGGUCUGCUUGGAGUGCUGCGCCAUCGUCUUCCCUUCGUAGGACGGCCAAUCAGGGGAAGCCUGGAUGAUGAUGUCACAGCAAAGGACAGAAACCCUUGGAUUUGUUUGGUUGGUCUGAACGAUCCGCAUCCCGUUUGGAUCUGGGAUCAGCACAAAGGUUCUCCGACCGGAACAUAGAAGGAGAAGCAAGGAGCCGACUGUAGCGACAAAUAUUUAUUCUGAAAAAUAUGAAUGAAAAAUAAAGACACAGUUUUAAAACCUU